AUGUCCUUCCUCAACCAGCAGCGGUUCAGCUCGACGAAAUCGCGACGCUCGCCGCUCCCCUUUGUCAAGACUGAAGGCGAAAAGUUUGGCCUCUCCGGCGGCGGCGCCUCCAGCUCGUCAAAAUGGUACUCUGUUAUCCCAAUCCCAGUCCCGCAGUUCGGCGGUGGCCAUAAGACGAAGACGGCGAAUGGAGCUGCACACCACCAAAAGAUCUUCCACGCCGUCCCCCAGCGGUACAUCCGGGUCCCCGUCCCUAUCCCCCCGCGCCUGGUUUCGAGGUUCAUGCGGCUAAAGCCAGUCGUCAAGCUCCUUAUCAUUCUGGGCACCCUCUUCACCUUCCUUCUCCUGACGCUAAACUCAAGACGAGAGACGCACAGGAGCUCAUGGACGCCGCCGUUCAUCGAGCCGAAUACGCUCGUCCUGACCCCCAAGGAGGUAUCCAAGAUCUGGGAGUGGGAAGUCAUGAGUGGCCACCAUCCCAGCGUUGAACAGAUUCCUAGCCAAGUCCCCAUGGCAGAGACUCUGGUUAACCCCGUCGUUGCCGAGGACCUGUAUGCCGCAGUCAACGUAACGGCGCCCGCCGGCACCGGCACUGUUACUGGCUCGCGCGGCGCUGCGCGCCACGCCUCCUUCAUCGGUGAGGGACCUGAGCGCGACUUUAUCCAGGUCGGCGAGCUCUCGGACCCGGCGUACCCCCCGCGUCCUGUUCCGGGAAGCAUUAUCGAUCUCGACCUGAUUCUCGACAAGUGUGACUUUGGCUCGAACAAGGUAAGCCGCAGUCGUCACCACCAGGAGCCUAACACACAGUAUGUUCGCGACUGCCUGAACCUCCUGCGUAUCGGUGGCAACCUCGACAACGGCAAGCGCAUCCGUCAUGGCAAGUACCUGGACAAGUUCAAGCACCUGUACAAGGAGGAACACUUUACGCCCGUCAAGCAGGACUGGACUCCGGUGCCGUUCGACCCGUUCCAGCGCCCCAACACCCUGUCCCGCGAAGCUCUGUCGCUCAAUCCUCCCCUUCCGGUCCGCGCCGAGUACAACCCCGAGAAGCCCUGCGACCCCCUGCACCCCCGCAUCUUCCACAUGUUCUGGGCUGGCCCCUUCACCGACAAGCCGUACAUGGCGAUCAUGUCGUUCCUGUUCACUCAGAACACUGGUCUGGACAAGGCUGUCGAGGACGUGAAGGACACGGUUGGCGGCACCUGUCGCCCUCAGUUCUGGGUGUGGAUCAACCCCGGUCCCGCCGCCUCGGUCCCCAACCCCGCUGCCAAGACCAACAUGUACCGCACGCUCGCUACCAACCCCUGGUCGGCCCCCUUCCUCCACGAGCGCUUCCGCGACGUGGUCAAGUUCAAGAUGUGGAACACCACCGAGCAGCUUGACGGUAUCCCCGAGCUCAAGCCUUACUGGAGGAACAUGGAAAUUUUCAACUCUGGCGGCAACGUGUACAACCACAAGCAGUCUGGAAAUGACGAGGGCGAGGCUAACAGCGAUGAGAAGGAGGCCGAGGAGGCCGUGGCGGACGACGAGGCUGCCAAGGCUGCCCACGAGGCCGCCAACUCCGACGAGGAGCACCUCGACGAGAACAUGAACGAGGACGUCGACGGCGAGGAGGGCAGCGAGGAGAGGCCGAAGAAGAAGGAUGCGUUAUUCGCCAAGGUCGGCUCGUCCUCGGAGAGCGACUACGACCGUCUGUCUGUCAUUCUGUCCGACAUGGCGCGAUUUGUCCUGACGCAUCGAUUCGGCGGUGUGUACCUCGAUGCGGACACACUGUUCCUUCGUGACUGGGAGGAGCUCUGGAACUACCGCGGACAGUUUGCGUACCGCUGGAGCUGGCACCAGAAGUACAACACGGCUGUGCUCAAGCUGCACAAGGGCUCUGCUCUCGGCACGUUCCUGUUCAAGACGGCGCUGGAGAACGGCCUCGACUUCCACCCGAUGACGGUGUCGCGCUACCUGCAGGACGCUGGACUGGACAAACUUCUCAUCCGCAUCCCCGAUGCGCUCUUCGACCCGGCCUGGCUCAACAUGGAGCGAUACCAGCGCGACCGCCCUCCGUUCCCGUACUUCCCCGAGUUUUCGCACUUCUUCUCCAACGACAAGUCUCUGACGGGCGGCCCCGAGCCAUUGGGCUUUGACGGCUUCUUCCGUGGCGCGUACUCGUACCACUUCCACAACUUCUGGUGGCUCCCCUUCGACCCUGCGCGCGACUACCCCGACCUGGGCGAGCGCUUCGCCAAGGGCGAGAUGGCGCUGCGCCAGGCCAAGGCCGAGGCGGCCGCCGCGAGCGCCGAGCCCGCCCAGGCCGCAAAGGUCAAGGCGGAGAAACUCGACCUCGCCAACGCAAAUGACGACGACGACCUGAGCUGGUCCACAACCCUCAAGCGGACAUUCGAGGCGUUCAUCCGCGGCGAGCGCCCCAACAUGUACGGCGAGUGGAUCAGGUGGUAG